AGCUAAAUAUCGUCUUUCGAACAAAACAUAUGAGAAAAGAGAUUUUCCUAGAACAUGGUCUUCCUCGAAUGAUCAUACUAAGCUAAGCUUCAUAUCAUAAUUCACAGGAGACAGUAAAAAUGGAAUCCGGUUCCGCCAUUGAUGGAGCAAGCGAGCCCAAUUCGAAUUCCACCAUAACAAUCAGCGUCAAGUUCAGUGGCGCCUCCAUACCCAUCUCAAUCUCACCUCACUCAACCAUCAAAGACCUCAAGUCCCUUCUUCUACCUGCCACCAAUGUCCUCCCACGAGGCCAGAAACUCAUCUUCAAAGGAAAGGUUUUGGAAGACCCCAUGACUUUGACAGCAUCCAACUUGAGUAAUGGGUCCAAGCUCAUGCUUAUGGCUUCCCAGGGUUUAUAUCAAGGGGAUGGUCCAAUCUUGAAGAAAGCUCAGGUUGCUCCCAAAGUGAGGAAAGAUAGCAACUCAGGUUCUAGUAAUGACUUGAAGAAAAUUCCUGUUAAGAACAGGUUGGACAGGUGGAAAGCGACAGGAGUCAUAGCAUUGUCUGAAUGCAACUUAGAGGCCAUACCUGACGAAGUGUGGGUUUGUGGAUCUUCUGCAAGACUUCUAGAUUGCAACAACAAUUCAGUUAAAAAUGUCCCUGCCGAAAUUGCACAUCUUACUGGUCUAGAGAAACUAUUUAUUAAUGCCAAUGACAUAUUGGACAAAUCAAUUAGCUGGGAAGGGGUCACAACUCUCAAGCACCUAACAGUACUCUCAUUGAAUCAGAACCAUAUAACUACUUUGCCACCUACAUUGGGAUCUCUGAACUCUUUAAGGGAGCUGCAUAUCUCCAAUAAUAAAUUGAGUGGCCUUCCUGAUGAAAUAGGACAUCUGACACAACUACAAGUUUUGAAAGCCAACAAUAAUAGGAUGAGUAAAAUCACUGAAUUUAUAGGGAACUGCCAUUCUCUUGUUGAGGUUGAUUUCUCAUCAAAUUUACUGUCAGAAUUGCCAGAGACAUUCUUUAAUUUCAGCUAUUUGAAGGUUUUGCAUCUUAGUAACAAUGGCAUGAAAUCACUUCCGUCCAAACUAUUCAAGACUUGCCUGCAGCUAUCCACACUGGAUCUGCAUAAUACAGAAAUAACAAUUGAUAUCCUUCGCCAGUAUGAAGGGUGGAACAACUUUGAUGAGCGUCGCCGCUCAAAGCACCAGAAACAACUGGAUUUUCGAGUUGGAGUUUCUAGAGAUUUUGAUGAAGGUGCUGAUAAAAACUAAGAUAAAUGAUUUCAGUCACAAGUAAUGCAGCUCAGAUAGCCUUCUUGAAGUACAUGUCCGAACAUGAUCGAAGUUACUUGCCUCUGAUCACCUGAUCGGAGAUUUGUGAUAAAAUACUAAAAUAUAAUAUUGAAAUUUCCUACAAGUGACUUCAAUAAAUACCCAGUUUCUUCUGGACGAAAUGAUGCUUGAUAGUUGAUACCUCUCAUCUUAUCUCUUUAUUAACAGAUUUGUUCCCCUAAA